AUUAAAAACAAUGUUUUAGGAUGCAUCAAUCUGGAGUUUUAAUGGACUAUGUUCCAAUGGUAACAGACCUGUUAAACAAUAAGAUUAAUGAUUUACUGGACAAUGAGAAAUUAAAACGAGAUUUACUGGCACAACUUAUAGUGAAAUAUGAAGGUGCUAUACUAGAACAUGAUGCUAACAGUGCAGCAUUCUUGUUUGAAAUGAAUAAUUACCACUGGAUCUUACAAAUUGAUAUUGGUGCUAAGUUCCCAGAAAAGCCUCCGGUAUUGGCUUUGAGAUCAAUUUAUCACUGCAAUAAAGGAAAACCUAUUUACAAAAUACUCACAGGCUGUCCAUAUAAAAAAUUCGAGAGCUAUAUUGAACAGCAAGUUGAAAUUUUCAAGAAUGAGUGUUUAGGUCUAUACCCAAGAGACCAACAUGUUUCCUUGGACAACUAAUUCAGGAUAGUAUAUGAUAUUGUUGUUUGUAUUGCUGCUAUUAUUAUUUUCUUCCUGAAAACUAAACUUUUUAACCCUUUAACCGCCAAGAUU